AUUCCUACGUUUAUUGUCUUUAAAAAAGACUUUUUAUUCAAUAAUUAUCAAAAAUGUCCGAAAAAGGAGAAACUUUGAUAGAAGACACCGCGGAAAUUGAGUUCGAGCAGACAGUUGAUAAAACUCAACAAUGGGGUCGUCUGAAGAAUGCAGCCGCAUUUUCAUUGUUUCGCGACUUGCACAUGAAUGAAUCAUUGCAAAGGAAACAUGCAAGAAGUGAUUAUAAAGUUUAUGAUUUGAAUAAUAGAGUGAUAUUCCAUGUGAUAAAUACAACAGCAAUGCCAAUUACAAAGGAUGGGCCGUUUUGUUUGAAAGUUAUGAAUAAGGAUAAAAAGUCGGUUGCCAAGUUCCUUCGAAAUGAGCCAAAACGAUCCUAUAAACAAACUGGUCUUGCUUCUCUAUUUGGCUGCUGUUCUGAUACGGAAGAUACAAUGGAAGUACUUGAUGAUAAUGGACUGAUCAUUGCAACAUCCUUUCUACAUCAUGAUCAGUUUCGAGGAAUCCUGAUCACAAUGAAGGAUCCUGCCGGAAAAGUCUUGAUUGGAAUUCAAGCAUCUAGAGAUCAGAAGGACGUAUUUGCUGUGUCGGGUCCAGACAAUCGGUAUUUGGGAGAAAUUCGUCAGAAGAUUAUUUCUUCGGGCAACUCUACAGACAACUAUAAGGGCGUUGCGUGCUGGUUUUCAACCGAAGUAUCCCUAAAUGUCAAAGUGUUCUUCAUGGCCGCUGCAUUUCUUAUUGAGAUCGACUAUUUCAGCGAGACAAAAAGCCGCCAAGCUCCAUUUCGUACACCGGAAGCAGAUUAUUUGAACCCAAUCAUCAAAACUCCGCCGCAUAAUGAAAGAGUUCCAAAGAUGAAAACGAACAUAUCGAAGACAAGAAAAAAGAAAGGCAAGGUAUCGGACGCAUCAAAAGAUUCUAGGCCGUCUGAGACGAAGAAGGAGACUUUAAUGAUGCCAGAAAUACACCACACAAAACACUUUGAUUCAAUCGGCGGAGAAGAACAAGCAUUUGCGAAAAAAGAGAAAGUUGAAGAGUUCAAACCAACUGAGGCAGUCAAAGAAGAAGUUGAUGUGAAUGGAAUGUCGAGGGAUCAAUUCCGAAAUGCGGCAAAGAAAGUUGUGGAUUAUCUGAUGAAACAAGACGAGAGCAUCCGUGCAGCCCGUUGCUCUCCUGCACUGAAACCUGGUUAUCUGAAAGCAUUGCUCCCACCGAAAGCUCCACAGAAGGCAGAAGACAUUGAUGAUAUUUUGGAGGAUUAUCAUAAGUUGAUCGUUCCAGGACUUUCUCACUCGAGUCAUCCAAAUUUUCAUUCAUUUUACCCAGCUGGUAAUUCAUUCCAUUGUCUACUUGCGGAUCUACUUGGUGGCCACAUUGGAGAUGCUGGAUUCUAUUGGACAUCUAAUCCAGCAUUGACUGAGCUGGAAGUAUUGAUGAUGGAUUGGCUCGGCGAAAUGAUGGCAUUGCCAAAAGAGUUUCUUCUGUUCCCUGAAGCAAGUCGUGGUGGAGGGUGUAUGCAGAGAUCCGACACAGAAUCCAACUUCCUGGUUCUAGUUGCCGCAAGAACUGAUAUGAUUCGUCGAAUGAAACAACGAGACAAGCGUCUUCGAUCAUCGGAUAUUCUAGCUCGCCUUGUUGCUUAUACCUCUUCUGAUGCUCGUCGUUCGAUCAAGAUGAAAAUGGCGGCUGAAGUUGCGAUGGUAAAGAUGCGAGUACUUCCUACAGAUCAGAACUUUAUUCUCCGAGGUGACACAUUGCAUGCAGCAAUUAUGGCUGACAUUGAGAGAGGCCUCAUUCCAUUCUUUGUCGGAGCCAACUUUGGUACUUCUGGACCAUGCUCUUUUGAUCAUCUGCACGAGCUUGGCCCGGUGUGUAGAGAACAUGGAACAUGGUUACACGUGGAUGCAGCCUAUGCUGGAACUGCACUUAUUUGUCCAGAAAUAAGAGGGCUGAUGAGAGGAAUUGACUGGGCUGACUCGUUUUGCACUACACCCAGCAAGUUGAUUAUUGCUGUCUGUGAUGUUUGUUGUCUCUGGGUUCGCGAUCGUCACAAACUUCAGCACGCUUCACUGGAGAAUCAUCCUGAUCUACCAUUCAAAGGUCUGCCGACAAGUCAGAGAGUCGGGGCACUGAAGAUAUGGUUCAUGAUUCGUUCUUUUGGCGUCGAAAAUCUACAAAAUCAAAUCAGAGAGCACAUAAGAUUAGGACAAGUUAUGACAAAAAUACUGCAAAAAGACUUGAGAUUCGAAGUUUGUAACAAAGUCGUGAUGGGGUUGAUUUGCUUCCGUGCAAAAUCGAAUGAUAUGUUCAACAAAGCACUUUUGUACAGAUGCAAUGAAACGGGAAAUGUUAGCUUGGCAUCGUGCGUCUUACAAAACAAAUUUGUCAUCCGAAUGUGCAUAAACUCUCCAAAGUGUUCAGAGGAAGAUCUCGAUUCAGCUUAUAAAUUGAUUUGCAAUGAAUACGAUAUUUUGAAACCGUUUCAAUAUCGAAUUGAAGUAAUGAAUCAAGCAGAGCUCGAAACCUUUAUUCGCGAUCCAGCAAAAAUCCACUCGUCUGCCGAAGUUUCUCGUCGCUUCCCAGUUGUAAAUCCAUUAGAGCCGUGUCGAAGUCUUGCUCAAAUUUCCUCGCAAAUGCACACUGCUGAAUAUGCAGAUCCGCCAGGAAAAAGCAACAAAUCGCCUCAAGUAGCUGCAAAAGGCGAGCUACCAUCUGCGGCUCCUCCAUCAUCUCGUACUCCAAAUUCAGAUAUUUCUGAAAAAUCUGAUAGAUGAGAUGAAGUGAUAAAUGAAGUUAUUAGCGAAUAUUUUCAAU